CUUUGUCCGUCGACAUUACAGAGCCGUAUCCACCUGUGUUAAUAUCCAGGGUCCGACAGCAAAGUCAACAUCGUUUGUUCCAGCUUGUCGGAUUUGUUCAGUAUUUUCUGACCACAACUACUUUUUCACCAAACCAGUAAACAGCCAGUGAUAAAAUGUUUGCCGUUCAGCAUGCUGGUUUCGAUCAGCGGAAGCGAGUCCGUGAAGAGGAAGAACUCGCGAAUGCUAACGGCAUGAGCUUCAGCGAGCACCGCAACAAACGUAUCCAGUGCCUUCCACUCCGUGCAUAUCCUAGAACGACGCAACAAUGGCAAUCUGAUGCGCCCAUGCCAGCCCCGAGCUUCGCCCCCCACGAUCAUCUUCAGCCAGAAAUUCGACAAUGGUCAUCGUCGACGAACAUGACAUCACAGUCUCAUGGAGACACCGACAUGGAUAUGAUGCAGACAUAUCAACCCCAACAUCACGAACAGGGCCGACUUGGGGUGAUGCACCAAGAAUCUGACAACGCAAACGGGCGUCUGCCCACGCCUAUUCAGCUUAGCUUUGCUGCACAGGUUCGAGGUCAGCAGGCUGUGACAACUCCUAACGGUGUUGCAAACCUAGGUCACCAAAACACCGGCUUUGGUGAUGAUCAGAGUGUCCCUCGCACAAUGGCCGGAGGAUGGCAAGCCAUCCAGAAUGAACGACGUCUUCCUUCACCCAUUUCCGAAGGUGAUGAUUCCAUGGCCUGCCAACCCAUCACCCCUACCGGUAUGCAAUUUGAUGCCAGUGCCCAUGGUUUUGUCACCCCCGGUAUGGAACAUCCCAAUGUGACUGUUGAGCCUUCACCUCCCCAUGAUGUGGAACAUCCUAUGAUGGAUGUGGAAUCCCACUGCUCGGGCAAUUCAGUUGAUGGUGAUGGUGAUCCAACAACGCCUUCUCCUAGGAGAGGCCAUAUUCGCAGCCGACACACCGUCAACAACUGGACCUGGCAACCCGGCAUGAAGAAGAGCUUCAGCAUAGGAUAUCGAGCAGACUGCGAAAAGUGCCGCUUAAAGGUUCCAGGACACUUCAACCACAUCAUUGUUUCUUAGGGAAAAGAGAAGAUUAUCCUA